CCUGGAUGCUAAACAAAACUUUGGACUUCAGUAUUAUAUGUGUCGGUAGCGACUGGAAGAGUAACCUACAAGCCACGCGGUUAUGACACUAUGAAAAAGUCUAUUUAUAUUGGAUUAAUUCGGGGAUUGGAGAACGGUAGAGUUGAAUGUUUGAGCUUUGAGUUGGUGCUGUUACUUCUAAUGACGAUGAGGAUGAACAUAUGUGAGGAAAAAUGUAUCAGUGUAGGUCUGAAUAAGAGUAAUAUCACAACUAGUGUUUCUAAGAGAGCAACAUGCAAUACCCAUGGAGAGGAAUCCCCUUUUUUCGUUGGUUGGGAUGAUUAUCGAAAGAAUCCAUAUGAUAGAAAGCUCAAUCCCAACGGAGUUAUCCAGAUGGGGCUUGCUGAGAACAGGUUGUCAUUUGAUCUGUUGGAAGGAUGGUUGCGAAAGCACCCAGAAGCGUUAAUGGCAUCUGAACAGAAUUUAUUCAAAGAACUGGCACUUUAUCAGGAUUACCAUGGAUUGGAAGCUUUCAGAAAGGCUAUGGCUAGUUUUAUGGAGACCUUGAGAGGAAACAGAGUGAAAUUUGAAGCUGAAAGGAUAGUAAAUACAGCUGGAGCAACUGCAGCCAACGAGCUGUUAAUGUUCUGUCUUGCUGAUCCAGGAGAUGUCUUUCUAGUGCCCACUCCAUAUUAUGCUGGGUUUGACAGAGAUCUGAGGUGGCGGACAGGGGUAGAAAUUAUGCCCAUCCAUUGUUACAGCUCCAAUAAUUUCGAGAUCACCAAAUCAGCAGUGGUAUCAGCAUACAAGGAAGCCCAGAACAGAAAGAAGAACGUGAAAGGAAUUCUCAUAACAAAUCCAUGCAACCCACUGGGCACAACAUCAAGUGCCAAAAUAUUGAAGAUGCUGCUAGAUUUUUCUCGAGAGAUGAAAAUACAUCUAGUGUGUGAUGAGAUCUAUUCAGGAUCAGUCUUUUGUUCUCCACGCUUUUACAGUAUUGCAGAAAUUGUGGUCAGAGAAAAUUACAGUCCUGAUAAUGUCCAUAUAGUCUACAGUUUAUCUAAGGACCUGGGCCUUCCAGGUUUUAGGGUAGGGGCAAUUUACUCUUACAAUGAUACAGUAGUCACAGCAGCUAGAAGAAUGUCUAGUUUCUGCAUGGUUUCAUCCCAGACUCAGCAUUUAUUGGCUACAAUGCUUUCAGAUUCAGGCUUUGUUAAUUAUUAUAUAGCAGAGAACCAGAAAAGAUUACAAGAGAGGUAUAAAGUUCUUGUCUCAGGCCUUGAUAUGGCUGGCAUUAGGCACUUGGAAGGAAAUGCAGGUCUUUUCUGUUGGGUAAACAUGAGUCACCUGCUUCCCUCAAAUGACUUGGACGGGGAAUUAAAACUAUGGAAAAGGAUAUUGUAUGAAGCCAGAUUAAAUAUAUCACCCGGGUCCUCAUUCAAGUGCAUGGAGCCUGGCUGGUUUAGAGUCUGCUUUGCUGAUAUGAAUAUAUCCACCAUGGAAGUUGCAUUGCAGCGGUUUCAGGAUUUUGCCAGGGUUAAUCCUUGCACUAACCUUAGCUGAUGUCAAAUUCUCAAAUUCUCACCUUCCAGCAAUUUCAAGGAAGAAAAGAAAAAUUCUUUCACACCAUAUUAGGGUCUGUAUGUAGGUCUACAUAUAGUUUAUUAAUAUGAAACUACUCUGAACUCUUUGUAAAAGACAUCUAACCUGCUACAAGUGGAACUUAUAUAAUUAUAUCCUUAAUACUUACUUAAUAAAAACCCUAUAAUAACUACCCUAUAAUAACUAUUGAAAUAACCUGGUAAAGCUGUCUGUACUUGUCCCUAACUCUUACAGAGUACUACUGGAACAAGUGUAAAUCACAGUAUGUAACUCAAGCAUUGAUUAUGCUUACAAUAUUCGUAUUAAAAUAGAAUUUGGCAAAAGCCUACGUGGCAACUGGCACCAAUUGUACCGUUGUUUUUGUUGUAUGGUUAUUUACUAUGGAGUCCAACUGGAUUGAUUUUAACAA